UUCGUAUUUACCUGUCAGUAAAGGUGAGUCUUGUUAGCUUUAAUCUUGGAUUAGUCUAUUUCCGUAUUGGAUUAAAGUUUUUGACGUUUAGCAGACCUGUGACAAUGCAACCAAUGUUUUGAGAGAAUCUUCCGGAAUGUGAGGCUUAUGUCUCAUAGUUGAUUGUAACCUGGCUGAUGUCUUGAAGUGCAUUGUAACCUGUCAUUCAUCAAUUGUUUGAGCACAUGUACUGAUCUAGAAGCAGGCAAUCUGAUCUAGAAGACAAGAUGUCAAAGAAGGACCACAAGCCGUCGAAAAUGAAGAAUUUCUUCAAGUUUCGAAAGAGCACCACUGAUCUAUCAGAAUGGAGCAAAAAUGAUGAGAAAUUAAUGAAAGCGACAGAAAACAAUGAUCUCCAAAAAAUUGAUGAGCUUCUUCGAAAGAAAAGUCUCAAUCCUACAAAGUUGGGGCCCAAAGGACUCUCAGUAUUCCAUGUGGCCUGCCAUCUUGGUUUCCUUGAGGUUGUAGAUCUACUUAUUUCUAAUGGUGCUGAAGUUAACGUCCUAGCCAUACAAGGUAAUACUUCUGUCCAAAUAGCUGCCAGAGAUGGGCAUCCAAAAGUUGUAGAAAAACUUCUACAGGCGGGUGGGGUAAUCGACCACAAGGAUGGCCUCAGUCUAACGGCUCUCCACCAUGCCUGUGUACGAGGAAAACUCCACUGUGUUCAAGUACUUCUCAAAAACAAGGCUGACCCUAACAGCCGAGACAAGACAGGGAAGCCACCACUGUUCUAUGCAGCGUUUUCUGAAGAUCUUCCAAUCUGCAAAGAGCUGGUUGACCAUGGGGCCAAUGUCAAUGCUUCAGAUGAAAGCCAAAUUGCACCUCUUAUGGCAGCAGCAAAGAAAGGCAGUGUGGAAAUAUGUGAAUUUCUAUUACGUAAAGGAGCUGAUCCUAAAAUGAAGGAUAAAUCAGGCAAUGAUGCCUUAGCAUAUGGACUGGACGCGGGAUUUGCUCAGCUGACCGAGGUGUUCCAGAGGGCUCCUGCGCAGGCUGCCUGGACGGUCACACAGGAGACGGCGGGCGCCCAGUCCGCCAACGGGGCAAAGUCAAAUUCUGAUGAUUUCACUCCGGUUCCUGGCCCAGUGGAAGUGGAAGCAGACGACCAUCAUUCCGUAGGGGAUCCAGUGGACAAGGAAAACAUGGUUGCCAAGUUUCACCCUGAAUCCUCACCUGAGCUGUCACAUAAACAGAUUGAAAUACCUGCAGAAGUGGAGGAUACCAUGGAUGAUGAGACCCUUGCCCUGCAGGCUGCAGCCCCUCCCCAGGCGGUCAUAGACCAGCGGACCCUGGAGGCUGUCAAGGAGCUGGAGGAAGAGAACGCGUCUAUGAACGAGGACUUGAAGCGGCUUGUCUCGGAGAACAAGAAACUGCAGGAGGCCUACAAUACCCUAAAGAAGCAGCUUUCUACACCAGCUCCUCCACCUGUGGACCAGGAGGAGGUUCAGGAGCUGGAGGAUGAAGUCACCUCACUGAAGGCUCAACUGACAGAGGAGCAGGACAAGAAUGUACGACUCAUUGACAAGGUGCACAAGAUGAAGAAAAAGUUUGGCCUCUCUAGUGAGACUGGGGGUGAUUCAGAUGGUGACAGCUGGAAUGACAGUGACAAUGAACUCUUUGACUCAUCCUCAUUAAGAAGACCACAAGUAGUGGACCACAAACCACAGACGUUGCUGCUGCUUCAGAAUGAAGUAACACGACUCAAGCAGGACAAUAAACAACUGAGGGAAAGACUGCAGAAGAAUGGCACUACACCAAUUAGCAGUGUAUUUGCCUGGCGAUCGGGAAGUGUGUCCUCUCUUGUCUCCCUUGAUGAGAUGUCUGAGGUAGAGAGGCUGCGACGCAAGGUCGAAGACCUGGAGAUUGAAAAGAAACUGCUGCUCAAAAAGCUACAGGACAACAAUGUGUUACCAGAAGAGCAACUGCAGAGUCUAAGAGUGCUGGAGGAGGAGAAUACACACCUCCAUACGGAGGUGAAGCAACUACGCAAUGAGAUCAUCUCCAUGAAACAGACCAGCAUUAAUGUUGAAAUAAAUGGUGAUGCAGUUGACAAAGGUGUUGAUUCUGAACAUAACGCUUUAAGUGAGAUGCAUGAAGCUUUCAGGAAGGAGAAUGUGUCAUUAAAAACUGAGAAUGGAUUACUGAACGAGGAACUGCAAGCAUUGAGGGACACGUAUAGCAAGCUGGUUGUGGCUGGUGACAAUCUGCAAGAUAUGUAUGAUACAUUAGUAGCUGAGAAAGAACAACUGCAGAAAGACUUUGUUGAGAAUGAAUUACUGAAACAACAGCUUGCUAAAGAAAAUGAAAUUCUGCUGUCUGACAGCAAUUCCAUGAAUCAAGAUAUACAUAGUUUAGUCUCAGAGAAUGAAAAAUUACAUAGCAAUUGUGUGGAAUUAGAAAAGAAACUUGCCACUGCCAAUCAGGGAGCUAAAGCCAGUGACUUUGCUAAGGUAGUAGAUGAAAGAGAUAAGCUUAAGGAAACAGUUCAAGAGCUGGAAGUAGCAAAUAAUGAAUUCAAACAGAACUAUGAGAUUGUUUGUGAAGAAGUAGAGAGUUUGCAAAGUUCAGUUCAAAGAGCAGAGUAUGAACGUGAUCAGAUUCAGCAAGAGUUUGAUUCCCUGACGGACGAGUACGAGAAUCUGCAGUCGUCUCAUGAAGGAUUGCAACAGGAUUACAAUCAGCUAGAGCAGGAGUACUCUGAACUCCUAGCAGACAAGGAGAAGCUGGAACAAGAGUUUCUUGAAGUUCAGACUGCAAGUGUGAGUGUGGAGCAUCAUAACCCAGCUGUGGCGGAAGAGAGAGACAAACUUCAGCAAGACAAUGAAGUGCUAGCCAUAGAGAAGGAACAGUUAGAAAUGACAAUAAAGGAGUUGUCAAAAUCAAAUGCGUUACUGAACGAGGAAUUAUCAUCAUUGAAAGAAUCUCUGGAUAUAAAAGAUAAGGACAGCGAGAAGAAAGAGAAGAGAAGUGAAGGGAAUAAGAAACCAUCUGAAGCAACAUUGACUAUGAAUGGCAAUACUAAUUCUGAUGGUAGUAGUGACCCUCAGAAAGUGUCUGUGGAUGCCCUUGUCGAGAAGGACAAGAGGAUCCGCUCCUUGCAGAUUCAGAUAUCCAGACUGCAACAGCAAAUAGCAGCGCAUGACAAGCAUUACAAAGAUGUCAUCAACACCUAUCGGACACAUCUUCUCAGUGCAGUACAGGGCCACCUUGAUCCAGAUGUGAAGCAAGCAUUGUUCACCAUCAUAGAACAGAGGAGCAAUGAGCAGUACUGCUGAAUCACCAUCAUAGAACAGAGGAGCAAUGAGCAGUACUGCUGAGUCACCAUCAGAACAGAGGAGCAAUGAGCAGUACUGCUGAGUAACCAUCAUAGAACAGAGGAGCAAUGAGCAGUUCUGCUGAGUCACCAUCAGAACAGAGGAGCAAUGAGCAGUACUGCUGAGUAACCAUCAUAGAACAGAGGAGCAAUUAGCAGUACUGCUGAGUCACCAUCAUAGAACAGAGGAGCAAUGAGCAGUACUGCUGAGUCAUUAUCAUAGAACAGAGGAGCAAUGAGCAGUACUGCUGAGUCAUCCUGGGACCCAGCUGAGCCUAGCUUGGGGAAAAUGGGGCUUAAUGCAUGUGCGUAAAGUGUCGUUCCACAUUAACAUGUGCAGUUCCCACAGGCCUAUCAGGGACAACACUUUCUGUUGUAUGGUAAUUUUCCAAAGAAGAGUUCUCUUCCUAUCGUAAAUCCAGUUCAGGUGAAAAGUGUUGAUGCUCCAUUGGGAUGAGACUUUAUGCACACAUAUAUUAAGCCCUGUUUUAUCAGAGCAAGGUUCAGUUGCAUUCUGUACACCAAUAUUUGGGACAUGUGGCAAUGUGUGUUCCUGAACAAGGUGUGGACAGUUUCUGUGAGGACAUGCCCAUUCAGACUGCGGUUUGAUAUAGAUCUGAUUCACACUUCUAUCACUUUGCCUUUUUUAGAUUCAACAAAUUGUGUUUAUAUAAGUCUAAAGUCAUUUUGAAAAUGUGAUUGUGUAUUGGAGACAUAUUUGUUUUGUUUUUUUACUGGACUUUUUCCUGACCCAAGUCUUUAGUAUUAUUCCAUACUAUAGGACCAGUGCUACCAGUGAUACAUGUUUGAACUAGCUGUUAAUAUGCAAUCAGAUUCCAUAAAGCCCAUUUGACUUGGGACAUGACUUUGGUCUCUAAUGUGUCUGUUGUCUUCGUUCAGAUUCCAUAUCAGAGUUUGACUUAAAUGUCAGACACAUUUAGCAUUUGAGCUUUGUUUUAGGAAAAAUGGAUUAAAUGCAUGUGCAUGUACAUAAAUUUUAUCCCAAAUAAGCCUAUGCAUUCUGCACUGGCUAAUACAGGACGAAACUUAAUGCAUGUGCAUGAAAAUAUCCAGAUAUUCCAGCCAAGCCUGACAUCGACAGUUUAGUAAAGUUAUUUACAAACGAUAUUACAUAAUUUUGUUCAAAAAAGUUAUCAUUUAUGAUAACCAAAAUAUGUGUGUUAAUUAGCAUCUAAAAAUGUACAAGUUACCUCUUUAAAUGACUAUGAAACUUGUAGUGACAAUUAUUUAAUUAUUUUAAAAUAUUUUUAUAGCAAAUAAAUGUGAUAUCUAUGUUAUUAAGGUCUAUUGUCAGCCAUUAAUGUUUAUAUAGUUACAAUCACUUGUUUAACGUUGUCACUUGUGUGUCAUGACAGAUAACUCUGUAGUAUGUAUCUUCACCUACAGGAGUUAUGCCAUUGGUGUCCUUGGGAAAGUUGUGUACCUUCAAUACAACGUCUGUAUGCUCCCACAAUGGAGCUAUUUAGGCAUAAAGUAAAUGCAUUGUCUGUUUGUUUGUCGGUCUAUCCUGCUUCUCAUGUAGAGAAAAGCUCGGUUAUAUUGAAUUUAUUCGAAUAAAAUUUCAUAUAAUGAUAGAGAAAAGCUAGGAUAUACAUUGAGUGCAAGGUUCAUAACUCAUGUACGAGUGACAUCUACUGGUGACAACCCUUGUUUAAACAGCUAAAAGUUCCAUGCACAGAGAACAUGAGCAUAGCACGAACACUUCUUACCUUCAUAUUUGUCUUAAUGAAUUAAAUUUGUGCUGAUAUGCAUUCAUAAUUCUAAGUUUUAUGUAAUUGAAUUCAUUGCUAUUAUUUAAUGGAAGAGCAAUAACUGAGGAUUUAUACUCGUUUACAGAGAAAGCUAAUAAAGGCAUGUAGGUGUGCUGACAUAUUUGGUUAAUUUGCAUGAACAGGUUGAUACAUAUUAGUAUUCAGACACAGUCCUUUCCUAGCCUAUUCAGAGCUUCAUACUGCAAAUGCUUGAACUUGUUAUUUGCAUGCUUAACCCUUUUAGCCCUGGAACCGAAUUUUAAAGGCCUUUACAAACAGUUUGGAUCCUGAUCAGACGCCACAAAACGUGGCGUCUGAUCAGGAUCCAAACUUUUUGCUAUUCUGAUAGUGGUCUUUUAAGAAAAGUGAAGAAAAUGAUAAUUUGAGAAAUUCAGCAGACACCAAUUUAGCAGACGACAAAUAUCCCAGCAUGCAAAGGGUUAAUAGGUGGUUUGAUUGUGAGUUAUGUAUCAAUGUGUCUGUAUAAAUGUGAGUGUCUUAACUAAGCUAAAAGAGGGACUUCGAUUUGUUAAAUGCAUAAUAUAUAAACCGUUGCAGAGUAUAUAUUCAUGUGUACAGCUUCCAUACAUAUAUCACAUAGUUUUAUUAUCUCAGUGUUAAUUGUUUUAUUGUACGUUCAACAUCCAUUUAUAUUUGUUUAACCGGUAGCUUGUGAACUGUGUAGUUUGUGAACUGUAAUCGUUAUAGUUACGCAUUAAAUGUUUGAGUUGUUUGUAUAUAACUUUUGUCAGAUUUUAUCAUUCAUGGUUUCAUUUUUUAUACAAACAUGUUUCUUCCGUUGCCAUUUUUGUUGUACAUUUGCAUACAUUUGUUAUCAUCGUACAUUUUUACGUUUUACGAUUUUCUGGUAUUUGAAGGUUUUCAUAUAUACACAUGUAUUUUUAUAUAUA